AAUUCAUUGGUUGGUUUAAAAAUUGGUCGAACAAAAACGGAAGUAAAAGUAAAAUAGAAGCCAGGUGUUAUUUUCUCUCCGAAAAAUGUUUUUGGCUCGCCUGGUGAUUUUUGCUUUAGUGUACAUUAAUUUUGCAAGUGCAGGUGAUUUCUGUAGGACACACGAGGAUCAUAGGAAGAUAUUCCCAAACCCUACCAACUGUUCGCAAUUCAUAAUGUGUCAAGGCUUCACUGACGUUAUUAUGGAGUGUCCAGCGGGUUUAAUUUUCAAUUGUAUUACCUUAGCGUGUGACUGGCCAGCCAACGGGACGAUCCCAAACGAUUGGUGCGACCCUCCUACCGGGGUUUUCGAAAAAGAACAUUACUGCGAUUGCUCUAAAUACGUUUAUUGUGUCAAUGGGGUACCUAGUAUAAAACAAUGUGCAAAUAAUGCUAGAGUAGAUGCAUGUAAUAGACCACAAUGUAAAAAAGUUGUUAUCUAA